AGUGUCUGUCAUACAUUUGAUUGUAAGUUUGUAGUCAAGGUGGAAAUAAUAUUCGCCCGGUAUUCCCAUGUUCUUCAUGAGAGGACAGGAUACAAAAUACUGUAAGGAAUGCAGUGGUUUAUCAUCUAUUGAUAUUGAACUGUUUAUUUAUUUGAGUCGGAGAUUUCCCAACAGUUCGAAGCGAGGUCAUAAUGUGAAUACAAUAUAAUACAUGUAGUUUGUGUAGUGGGGUAAGGUGUACCGGGCGCCACACAUAGUUGAUCUGGCACAACACAUGGAAUUCCCGCAAGUGGAUUUUACUUUGAGCUACACUUCCGGGUAUGAGGGUCGAGUGUUUAUAGCGAGUGGCUACUGAAAGAUUGGAGGAAAAAAGCCAAGGCCGAGUCGUUCCCUACAUGGCAGACAAGCUUUAUUGAUCAUCUGGAAAUCGGCGAUAUGUAGCGACAUCUACAGUCCUACUGUGUCUGCCUAUAUUGUGCGGUGAUCAAGGUUUUACUAUGGCAGUAGCUGGGAGAUGGGGUAUACAAAUCGUCUUGUGUCUAAACCUGGCGAUGCUGAUGUCAUGUCUUCGGCAGAGCACAUCACAGAGCACCACGGACUGUGAAUACGUCAAAAAGGAUUACACACAGUUCCCGAGUCUGUAUCAGACCCACGGACGUGACGUCAGUACUGUCGCUAAGGCUUUUAUCCUCGAGAAUGCCAAUGACACAUGCGCAGUUAAUGUUACGCAGCUGAUAAACUUUUAUGAUUUCCCCGUUGAUCGUAUCGUAGCAGCUAUGUUCGUAUUUGCCUGCAAGAAACCUCUCCACAUUGAACUUACUAACGUGGACGCAUUACAGGAUAAAUUUUACAACGUUGUUGGAUAUUUCCAGGUUCAGGGGUGUUCAUUCGAUACGGAAAGCCUUCAACUAUUUUCUGAUGCGUUUGACAUGCGUGUGGUAACAUUAAGUGGAGUUCCAAUGUAUGAUACAUCUAAUUGUUCGGUGACAACCAAACGAGGACUUCUGAAAAAUGCAGUAGCUUUGUCUAUUGACAAGACACCAGUCAAUGACAAUAAAGAUGUUUUAGAUUUCAUGGCGGGUCCGGAGGUAUUUCCUGAAAUGAGAGAGCUAUCGAUCCUCCAUUUGGGUUGGGAAAAACUAUCACCCGGUAUGAUGCACACCUUUCCAUUCCUGGAAUCUUUAGAAGUACCAAAUAAUAAUUUUACUAAACCUCCUCGUGAGUUUCCGUGGAACGACGCGAUUUCUUAUCUCCCAAGAAAUCUGUCUCGGUCACGUUUUUUUCAAAGUCAGUACAGCUUGGCACUACAUAUUGAUAUUCAGCCAAAUGUAUACAGACGUUUUUAUAACCUGGAUAACAAUAACAUUAGAAGCCUACGGGGUUAUCAGUUUCACGGGAUUCUCCACAUGAUUUCCUUAAACAAUAACAGUCUACAGGAUAUUGAUGAAAAAUGCUUCCGCCAAGUUUCUGAUCUUCAAAACAUUUGUCUAGCUGACAACAAACUGACUUCACUUCCGGCGACACUUUUCCUAGGACUUACCUCCCUUCGUCAUUUAGAUAUUCACAAUAAUCUAAUCCAAGAGUUGCCAGAUGGUUUAUUUGAUGAUUCACCCAACCUCGUAUACGUGAACUUGGCUUCGAAUCGAAUAUCCUCUCUCAGGAAAAGGUUGUUCGUAAAACUUCUGAACUUAGAAACGUUGUUUUUAGAUCGUAAUAAUAUAGUCGUAAUCAACGAAGCCUCGUUCCCGCUCCAUUCAAUAGCACUAAGGCAUAUUGGUCUCUGUAGUAAUCCACUUCGUCAAAUUCCAAAAAUAACUUUCUACAUCCGUAGUCUCCGACGCAUUGAUCUUCAGAACACAUCUAUUACACUUACUAACUUCUCGGGUCAACUAGAAGAGCUGGACUCCAAUUCACUUCUGGAAAGUAUAAUCGAAUCGUCAAGUGAUACUAACGCAGAUAUAUUUACACGCCCAAGUCGCCUUAGAGAAAUCGACCUGUCGGAAAGUGACAUCCAAGGUAUUGACCUCUCUGGAAAUAUCAGUAAAGAAUGCAAACUGAAACUCAUCAUACUCCUCAUACAUUUCCAUUUUAAUCUUCAUAACAACCCACUUAGGUGUGACUGCCGCAUCAUCCCGCUGAUGGAAAUCAUACAACAAUACAGACAGAAUGCUACUAUAACGCCGAAUGAUUAUUUCUUCCGUGAAUGGGCUUGUGUCACUCCGCAGGAAUUAAACGGGCGGACGCUACUCGAAGUGAAGGAGGAGGAGACAUAUUGUAGGGUGAAUUUUUCGUCGUGCCCAGUCAACUGUCUCUGUUAUGAACGGACAUCCUCACAUGUCAUCAUCGUUGACUGUCGGGAUACGGAUAUGAUGUCCCUACCUUUGAGUCUGCCAGAGGGUGUCCUGGAUCUCUGGUUUCAGAGAAACAACAUCACGCGCAUUGAGACCAGAAACUACCUUCCUCGUGUUCGCACUCUGUCACUCACCUCAAAUCAAAUAAAUCAAGUCGACCGUGACGCCGUGUUACAGUUAAACAUAAUUGAAAAUAUUCAUUUGUCUUCAAACAAUCUUAUUGGUCUACCAGAACAGAUCCAAUACCUCCAUCUGACCGAGCUGACCAUCACUGACAACCCGUUCUCAUGUGACUGCCACUCAUUGUGGAUGAGGUCGUGGGUAGAACGUAAUAAGGACGUGGUAUUGGACUCAUCAGUAGUGACUUGUAACACACAGCUAGGUACAGCAAGGCCUCUUAUCAAAGUUCCCACCUCCGAGUUCGUUUGUAAAAAUGACUUUGAUGCGAAAAAGCACGUCAUCAUUCCAGCCACAGUAUCGUCUCUUUCAUUAAGUCUCGUCAUAUCCCUCAUUGCUUUUGUCUGUAUUUAUAGACUGGAAGUAAAAGUAUUCCUCUAUAUUUAUCUUGGUAUUCGUCCGUUUGACAAAGUGAAUAGAUUGGGGAAGAAACCUAUUGAUUUGGUCGUUAUUCACUCACCUUCAACUCAAACAUGGGUGACGGAAAAAGUACUACGAAUAGCGGAGAGAAAAAACAGACAUGAGCUUCAUAUUUUUGAUAUUUGUGGUGACUGUGUGGCUGGCUUUGCUUUUCAAGACAAUAUCGCCUGUCUGGUGGAGAAUACACGGAAAGUUCUUGUGGUUUUGUCAAAAGACUUUCUACACGAUACCAAACUUCAAAUGGCGUGGACGGAGAUCAAAAGAAGAAUCCCGGACCAUGGUAUAGGGUUUAUACAGUUUGUCACCGACAAUGUGUUGACAUCCGAUGUACCGGAUUCCGAAAUGGCGAGUGUAAUGAAACAUACCCGCUAUCUCGGUACCCAGGAACGGUUUAUCAGAAACAAGUUGUUUUAUUACAUGCCUCCAAGCAGGACUCAUAAUGACCUGCAUGAUAGACCAGUGCUACAAAGUUUGCUAGAGAAUAGAAACAGAAGUAACCCGGACAGUUUACAAAAUAACAACAGUUCUCUAUUUCUGGGUUAUUCCGAGGAUAUUUUAGCAUUUAUCAUCACCACGAUGUGCCCUCAACUGCACAGAUGUGGGUAUCCAUUGUGUAUUCCGGAUAAAGACUUCGUCCUCGGUGCUGCAAAGGAGGAGAAUAUUUUACGGGCGGUGUCUACCUCCCUGCACACACUCUUCAUUGUGUCCGAGAACACGUUCGUUGACGAGUGGUCUUUGUUUACAUUCCGUGCGGCUGCUCAGAGGUCUCUGCGAGAAAAGUACAACCAUCUUAUCGUUGUGUUGAUGUGCAAUAUAAACACGGAAUCGGUUCAGGACGAGGAACUCCGCCAUUAUCUCAAAUCUCACGUCACACUGAAUGUAGAUGACGAACAUUUUUUGCGAAAGCUUAGCCUUUCAGUGCGACAAACCCGGAGCAGCACCACACAGGCCAAUGGCUACGUUCUUGGAAGGAAAAACCGCGACAUAUCUCUCACUGAUGUUGCUAUAAAGAUGUAAUUCACCGCUGUCGCCCAUUCCAUGUAAUACUCGAUGUGUCGAUAGUUAUACUAAGCAUACGUUAUGCAUGUGCAUUACAUGAUACUGCAACUAUAAUUGAAUUUUAAUAUUUACACAGUUACUUCCCUUUGUUUCACUACUCUGUUAGCUGGUAAAGCGAUAAUCUUGACAACCGAUCGGGACCGAGAAUUUAUCUUGUAUUGGGAUGUUCUGUGGACAGGGAUAUCUCAGCCAGAAUGUAAAUGUUUUUAAAUUGUUAUAACUAUUGGAAAAUAAAAACAAAUAUUGAUAAAUAAUGUAGUGAUAAAUAGCUAUAUAGUGUUCUGGGGUUUUCUGUGAAGACCAGUGACCGAUUUCAGGGGAGAUAGUUCUAGAUUCAAUUCAAUUGAUUUAUUCUCUCCAGACAUACAACUAGAUAUCGCAUAAUACCUAAUCCAAAUACAUGACCGUAAUUAACCAACUGUUGGCUCUACCUGAUACAGGUAGUUCAUUAGUUUAACACAGUGUAAGAAAUGGUCAAGAGAGACAGGGAAUACUUCGUUCUGUACUUUCCGGUUGGUUGUAUGGAUAUGUAUCAUGUAUUUCCAAUCAAAUGUGGUUAAUAUAAUCAGCUGGGUGCGAUGAUGUUAAAUACAUGUUAUAGGUCUCAAAUAAAAGUUAUAAUGUAUUAACAGGUAGCUAGCUAGGUGGCCGGCUAUCCGUUUAUAAAGACAUUAACAGAAAAAAGUGUAUAGUCCUACAUCUUUGGUUUUAAAUGUCGAGUGAAAUAUCGAGUGAAAUGUCGAAAAGGGCAUAAAAUUCCACAAUUAGUCAAUCUUGAAAUAUAGAAGUUAAUCAACACAGAAACUCCUGAAAAUGUAAAGGGGCAGAAAACGUAAACUUAUUACUGAAUGGUAAUAUAGGUGACGCUCAGGCUGGAAUUGUAGUUUACUAUUUAUUCUGAUAACAAUCAAAUACCUGUAUGUCCGCUGUGAAUUGUAAAGUUUGGUUGACAUAGGCUACAUCACGAACAGAGUCAAACGAAGGGAAGUAACUCUGAUAGAUCAGAACGCCAUGUGUUGAAUUGUUGCAUGAAUGAAAUGUCUUACCAAUAAAUUGACGAUAUAAAAUGGCAUUCUGCGGCAUGUUAACAUGUACAGUAAAAUACAGAAGAAAACCUUACCAGGCGUGGAACUGUAAAUGUGUGAUUAUUUAAGGAUUGUACCUCAUUGACUGCGAAUACGAAAGUAUACCCACAGUUGGCAACGAACAUUUCCUAUGGUUAGCGUGUUAUUGCUCCAUAGGAUAUGUUCGUUAGCAACUGCGGACAUACUAUCGUAUACGCAGUCAAAAUGAGGUACAAUUCUUAUAUUUACAUUACAUAAAUCCUUAAAUACAGUACGAAGAAAAUAAAAAUCAGGUUGUGUUGGGACGUUCGUAACUACGGUAGCCGUUGUUACUAAGAUAAUAUAG